UCCUUGUUUCAUGUUUUGUUUCCUUCGCAACAAAUGUCAGCUUUUCUCAGCUAGCUUACUUCGACACUAGCUCGCUUUCAGGUCCCGGCGGCACUUCCACACCAACCAACUCUCAACCCUAACUGCCGUCACCUCCCACAGUUGCCCCAACUCCGAUCGCUGUUCCACCAUCGGUGUCGUUGUCUUCCGCCACCGUUGGUCCGCCGCCGAACUUCCUAAGGAUACAAAUGGCUUAUAGACGAUGCCUAUUGAAAAGAGGGAACCUUGUAGACUGGAAGUGUCACCCGUCUUUCAGUUAUGUACUCUACAGCGAUGAUGGGAAACACAAGCAGCGCCCAGAAGAAAAAUCAUCCUCUGCAGCAAUCAGUACUUUUGUCCAAACAAGUUCCUUCGGGAGCUCCCUUAAUGGGUCAAUGGGGUUUGGUGCCUCUUCUAGAGCGCUUUCCAACACAUUCCUUUCCCCGUGCUCUGGAUAUAAUUUCUGCCGAUAUAUGUCGACUGUGAAUGAUGGAUCAGAUAAGAUUGAGAUGAUGUCCGACAUUGCAGAUGUACUUACUGACAAGGCCGUUGAGACCAUAGCUUCUCAGGCUCCUGUUUUCAACGAGGUUGCCAUUGCUGCUGCUGAUUCGUAUUUGCCUGUGAAGUUGCUGCAGUAUGGGAUCGAUGCUGUGCAUACUUAUACCGGGUUAAACUGGUGGGCAGCCAUUGCUUUGGCAACCCUUGUGAUUCGAAGCGCAACAGUUCCGUUCUUAAUCUACCAACUUAAGGCUACAUCUAAGCUUACAGUAUGUUGUUGCUGCUUAUACAUUCAUCCGUACAUAUUUGUUUCCUGCAAAAAUGGAUUAAUGGAAAUUGCCCCUGUUCCUUAGUGUAAUAUGCAAGAAGGCUUGGAAGGAAAUCCUGUGGCUGGUACCAUGAAAAAUGUCUCUAGGGGUCUUGCUGUUCUUACAGUUCCCUUCACCAUGGGGUUCCCAAAGGCCAUAUUUUGUUACUGGGUCACGUCAAAUUUGUUUUCACUUGUGUAUGGACUUGUGCUUAAAGUUCCUGGCAUAAAGAAAACUUUAGGUAUUCCUGAAAUAGUUGCUGCAAAACCUACCACUGCUGCAGAACCACAAUCUCCCUUUAAUGUAUUUCCAGCACUAAAAAAAUCCACAGCAGAAGCAACUGAGCCAAGCUCAUCACCAGUUGAACCAUCAAAACAUUCAAACAAAAAGAUUUCUUCUUCUGCUGUUCUCAGCCAAAGGCUCAAAAGUUUAGAGAAACAAGUGAAAGGAAGAAAGAAAAACCUCAAGAGGUGAGCCAAUACACGUGUUACUUAAUUCGGCUCAAAUUGAUGCCGCAAAUGUGCCGAUAUUUAU